CAGCGAGAACCAAACUCAGUCAAUAGCAAUCGGCAUUAACGAACGCCCACACACAAGUGCAGAACAAGUUUAACGAACGCAUUCAAAAACUAAAACAACACAAAGUAACGAGAGUGCACGAACGUACAGUGAGAGGAAACGGAAGUGUUAAUAAGUGGCUUGGAAAUCCGACAGUAGUAUUUUCCUAACGGUGAAAGUGAAAAAAAAGAGGCGAUUAAAAAAGAAAGGCAUUGAAGAGUUGAAUAAAUAAUAAUUUAAUUAAUAAAAAAUAAAUACAUUUGAGAAUUUUGAAUUGAGUGUGAAAGUGGAAUAUUCGCAGUUAGUGAGUGCAAAACUAAAAGAUUUGACGCAUUUGACAUUUGUGACCAAUAUAUGCGUUCAAUUUGUGUAUAGAAAAUAGAAAACCAAAGCCCAGUUAAUUAACAAGUAAAUGAACUUUUAAAAAUGGCAGCUGGUGACUAUAAAGUGAAAGAGUUCCUUUUCAGAAUAAUUGUAAUCGCAAAUUUGGGGCAUGUGUUGUCGCGUUCUUUGCCAACUGGAAAUGCGCCAUGUCCAAUGCCAGCUUUGCAAUAUCCAUAUCCUUUUCAAGGCAGCCCAGCACUGCCUGGUGGCUAUUAUAAUCCUCAAAUUCCACAAGUGUAUCAACCCCCUCAACCAGUUGGUACAUUUUAUGACAGCAAACGUGGCAUACUGCGCUCAUUCCCAGGUGGUGGACUGCCAGUGUUAGUCGACUAUCAUAAACGUUGUUCUAAUAAUUUCGUGGGCAUUAAACCGCAUCCCAAUCAACGUCAAUACUAUUACGUUUGCAAACCGGAUUGUGUCAUUUUUGGAAAGUGCCAAAAUCUACAGUUCUUCGAUGCAACCAAAUGUCAAUGUACUCCCUAUCCCACGCCGAAAUACGCACCAGUUUGCACAAGACCCGGCCGUUUCCCCAUUUUAUCAGACUGUACGAUUUACUACCGAUGUGACGAAAACCUAAAGCCACGAAUCCACACUUGUCCGAAAAAUACCGUUUUUUCCCCGCAGAACGAAAAGUGUAUCAGCGGUGCGCAGUGUUAUCCAACGGAAGUCUCUCCUUAUGGUUCGCAUAUACCACAAGAUUGCGAGAAUAAAUUCCCACCAUGUCUGCAGAAUGGAACUUUUCGUUCACCUACUGAUUGUUCGCUAUUCUAUACUUGCACCAUGCAAAUGAAAGGGAUCUACUUGCAGACACGCUUCAAGUGUCCUGAACUCACUUUCUACGAUAGAACUAGAGGAGCGUGUUGGCCGCAACACGAAGUUGCUUGCGAUUGCAUACAAUUAUCAGAAUUGGUAUAUCCCAGACCUCCACCGUUGCCCCACCUACCGGUUGUUUAUCCUCGUCAUUAUUCCUGGGACUCUCUGGAGGAUAGCGCAUAUUCAAUGGACUCCUCAAAGUCGUCCUCCAAAGAGGAUACAUUUAGCUUAAGCGUUGGUUCAAGCGAUGAGAAUGACCAAACUACGCAAACUAGUUUCUCAAGGAAAGAACAUUUUGGACUACCACAACUAACUCCUGCCCCGAUAACAACAGAGCCCACUAUAUAUACAAUGGAAACCUCAACGCUGGGUCCAUCCACAGACAGUAAAUUGACAACACUUUUUAAUGAAGAAUUGGUGCGGCAAUCACACGACCUUACUAGUCCCAGUCCUGCUCUUACUACAGAUCUCCCUUCGUCAACCACUGCCAACCCAUUAACUACGAAGUUUUCAGAAGAAGAAAAUGCUGCUGCAUUGCAAGACAAUCUUGUCCCAAUAACUACGACAACAACAGAGCCCACAAUGGAACCUUCAACGCUUGGUCCAUCCACAGAAAGUCCAUCACUUUUUAAUGAAGAAUUGGUGUGGCACUCAAACGACCUUACUCCUGCCAGUCCUGCACUUACCACAGAUGUCGCUUCGUCAACCACUUCCGACCCUUUAACUACGAAGUUUUCAGAAGAAGAAAAUGUUGCUGCACUGCAAGACAAUCCUGUCCCAGUAACUAUGACAAUGGACCUUUCAACGCUUGGUCAAUCCACAGAAAGUCCAACACUUUUUAAUGAAGAAUUCGACGUACAAUCAUUUGACCUUACUAAACCCAAUGCUGCUCUUACCCCAGAUGCCGAUUCGUUAACCACUUCCGACCCAUUAACUACGAUGUCAACUGAUUCAACCAUCGGUUCAAAUGAAGGUCCUGACCAUUCUACGCUAGCGCAGUUUUCAGAAGAAGAAAAUGCUGCUGUAUUGCAAGACAAUCUUGCCCCAGUAACUACGACAAUGGACCCUUCAACGCUUGAUGCAUCCACAGAAAGUCCAACACUUUUUAAUGAAGAAUUCUUCGUACAAUCAUUUGACCUUACUAAACCCAAUGCUGCUCUUACCCCAGAUGCCGAUUCGUUAACCACUUCCGACCCAUUAACUACGAUGUCAACUGAUUCCCCUAUCGGUUCAUAUCCCCCAACAGCUACACCUGCAAAGGAGUCUCCCAUAUCUACAAUGGAACCUUCAACGCUUAGCCCAUCCACAGAAACUCCAUUAUCAGCACUUUCUUUUGAAGAAUUGAUGUUGGAAUCACUUGACCUUACUGGUUCCAGUCCUGCUCUUACCACAGAUCCAUACUCGCUGCCCACAACACCCAAAACUACAGGAUAUCCAGCGAAUUCCACAGAUGUACCUAAGUUAGAGCUGUUGGUCUUGGGCGAUCUCGAUUUAUCAGUUGUCUUCUGCCCAACGGAUUGUACCAAAAUCCAUGAACACAAAUAUGAUAAGAAAGCAUUUGGGGAUCAGCAUGUGGUGGGCAUAUAUUGGGAUCCAGCAAAAUCGAACAAAACCAUGAGUCUUAUCACAGGUUAGCUGAACUAAUCGAACUUCCGAGACUUAAACUCGCUAUAAUUGAAAAUAUUAUAAUAAAUUCUAGUUAAAUUUAGUAUAAUUAGCAAAAUGUGAAAAAUAAUUUUAAUUUAUUUCAAUAGGAUAGGACAUUAAUAUUAACAAUAUUCAAUUAAUUUCACUUUAACAUCCGAAGUGUUGCAAUUAUACAUACAAAUUAAUAAAAUGAAAACAAAUACAACUCAGUUGAAAAUAUUUUUGCAUAUAAAUUUGGAACUUCAGUAG